AUGGUAAGUCAUCCCUUUAUCGCUCAGCUUUUCGAAAUCAUCGAAAAUGAACAUUAUUACUUUGUUGUUAUGGAAUUUGUGCAAAAUGGUACUCUUCUUACUUACAUCAAUGAGCGUUGUCAAUUAAAAGAGCAAGAAGCUGCUAAUAUUUUCGCUCAAAUGAUCUUAGUCCUUAAAUAUCUUCAAGACGACUGCAAUGUAUGUCAUCGUGAUAUCAAAGCUGAAAACAUUUUAAUGGACACUAAUUACAAUAUAUGUGUUAUUGAUUUCGGUCUUUCUAACAUCAGUCCUGAAAAUCUUAUGAACACCCAAUGCGGAUCUCCAGCAUAUGCUUCGCCAGAAAUGAUACUUGGUCAACAAUAUACAUUCUCAUCUGAUAUUUGGUCUUGUGGCUGCGUACUUUUUGCGAUGGUUUGUGGGAAAUUACCUUUCUACGAUGAAAACAUUUCUCGUUUAGCACAAAAAAUAGUUUAUACAGAGCCUCAAUAUCCAAGUACCUUAAGUCCUAUGUGCACUGAUCUAUUAAAGAGAAUUCUUACAAAGAAGCCAGAAGAAAGAAUCACAAUCAAUGAAAUCAUGAAUCACGACUGGGUUCACCAUCAGAUCCAAGAGAUGACAGAAGUUAUUUCCAAAUUCGAAUACGAUGAAGAAAUCAUUAAAGAACGAGUCAUGAAUGAUGCUCAAUCUAAUAUUGUCAACCAAGGAACAGUUGCAUUAUCAAUCAUAAAGAGAGAAUUGCUUAUGUAUUCUAUCCAUCAAAUUAGAAAUGCUCAAAUAUUAAAACCAAUGAGGCAUAACUCAAUCGCGAAAUUGGAUCCUUUGCCUCGUUUAGGCAAGCUUGAUAAGUGCGCCCCGGCAAGAAGACGUUCAUUAACAAUUACUUGCAAUCCUCCCCCUCUUAUUAAUGCAAGACGUAAGAUACCUUCAUUUAGACAUAAUCUUUAA